AUGAACAGAGGAGUCUGCCACGAGGCUGGGGCCAUGCCCAGACUACCCUCUUUCCAGCAAUUGAAUGAAACCCUUAAGGAUACUGAUACGCUCACGGGGCCAUCAGCAAAGAAUGUGUUGCUGUACUCUUCAGCGUUCAAGAACUUGGCCUUGUAUCAGGAGAGCAAGUCGGCAGCCAACAACACGAACAAAGCAGCAGCCACUAAAGCUGUUGGAGCCAACCCGUACAAUAUUGGGCCCGAGUAUUCGUAUGGGAACACAAUCUACGGGCGUCAUGAAAGUUACCCAAACCAGUACUACAGCCUAAGUUAUGACGGCUACAGAAAUAAACUUGACUCGACAUCGCCCACGUCAAUUGACGGUAUGAGUAAAUCGGACAUUGCCGACGACGAAAAGAUUGACGACUACAAGAGUCUUUCCAACCUGAUUCACUUUUUGACAGAGUUUGAACUGAAGUGCAGGAGCACCAAUGCCAUGCGAUACUGCAACUAUGAGAACCAGGGACCGAAUGCCAGUAUGGUCUUGGACAGCAUGAAGAAUGUCAGCAUCGAUGACAUUUUGAAUACUUUAAAGAAGACCACGUCGCUAUUGGAGAGUAUGAGGCCCUCCAAGCAUGAGCAUGAGGCACAACAGGAGUACAACAGCUCGAGCAAGGAGUUGAAGGUGUUCAAGAGGGGGCUCAGCCAUUCGCAGCUUUCGGAGAUGGACAAGAGCAAGAAACCGAGAAUACACCACUCGGUUUCGUUUCCAUCGAGCAGCACCAGCAACAGCAACAUCAACAACAACAUCAACAACUUUAACAACAGCAACAACAUCAACAACAUCAACAACAACAACAACAGAGCUUUACCGUUUGAAAUGAAUAGUAUCCCUCUUCAUGAACACCUCUCCAAUUACGUUCACGAAGCUCCACAUCACGGCCAUUUUGGAGCGAAUGGAAUGAGCGCAGAUAUGGGAAUCAAGCCCGAGAUAGUUUGCCAGCACUGCUUGUCGCAUGAAACACCCGAGUGGCGACGGGGCCCCGAGGGAAGCAGAACCUUGUGCAACGCUUGCGGGCUAUUCUAUUCAAAGUUGAUUAAAAAGUAUGGGUUGCACGAAGCUGAUAGAGUGAUGCUAGAGAGGAAACAACGGGGGACUGUUAAUGAUCGCAGAAUAUUUUGA